UGAAAGCGGCGGGGCGAGCGGGCGGAGAGCUCACAGCCGCCGAGCUGGCGACCGACCGAGCAAGUGGGAGCCUGAACCCGCGCCCCCGGCUUCUCUCCGUUCCUCUCCGCGCCAGAGCCGGGCGCGCAGGAGCUGGGCCCCUUCUCGUCUUGCUUCCUAUCUGUCCGCUCCUGCUCCUCCUCUCCCCCUCUCGCUGCCUUUGCUGCUUCUGCCCUCACCCCCUGGAGGCUCAGGUCUGCGGGGCCCACCCACCCGCUCUGGGGCCAUGGGAGCACUGCUGGGACUCCUGGUGCUGCUGCUGUGGGGCGCUGGGGCCGAGGGCCCAGCCAAGAAGGUGCUGACGCUGGAGGGGGACCUGGUGCUGGGCGGGCUGUUCCCCGUGCACCAGAAGGGUGGCCCGGCCGAGGAGUGCGGGCCAGUCAACGAGCACCGCGGCAUCCAGCGCCUGGAGGCCAUGCUGUUCGCGCUGGACCGCAUCAAUCGCGACCCGCGCCUGCUGCCGGGCGUGCGCCUGGGCGCGCACAUACUGGACACCUGCUCCAAGGACACGUACGCCCUGGAGCAGGCCCUGGACUUCGUGCGCGCCUCGCUCAGCCGGGGCGCCGACGGCUCACGCCACGUCUGCCCCGACGGCUCCUAUGCCACCAACGACGAUGCUCCCACUGCCAUCACCGGUGUCAUCGGCGGCUCCUACAGUGACGUCUCCAUCCAGGUGGCCAACCUCCUGCGGCUGUUUCAGAUCCCGCAGAUCAGCUACGCGUCCACCAGCGCCAAGCUGAGCGACAAGUCCCGCUACGACUACUUCGCCCGCACGGUGCCCCCCGACUUCUUCCAGGCCAAGGCCAUGGCCGAGAUCCUCCGCUUCUUCAACUGGACCUACGUGUCCACCGUGGCGUCCGAGGGCGACUACGGCGAGACGGGCAUCGAGGCCUUCGAGCUGGAGGCCCGUGCCCGCAACAUCUGCGUGGCCACCUCGGAGAAGGUGGGCCGCGCCAUGAGCCGCGCGGCCUUCGAGGGCGUGGUGCGCUCGCUGCUGCUGAAGCCCAGCGCCCGCGUGGCCGUGCUGUUCGCCCGCUCUGAGGACGCGCGCGAGCUGCUGGCCGCCGCCCAGCGCCUCAACGCCAGCUUCACCUGGGUGGCCAGCGACGGCUGGGGGGCCCUGGAGAGCGUGGUGGCCGGCAGCGAGGGGGCCGCCGAGGGCGCCAUCACCAUCGAGCUGGCCUCCUACCCCAUCGGCGACUUCGCCGCCUACUUCCGCGGCCUGGACCCCUGGAACAACAGCCGCAACCCCUGGUUCCGCGAGUUCUGGGAGCAGAGGUUCCGCUGCAGCUUCCGGCGGCGGGACUGCGCGGCCCACUCCCUGCGGGCCGUGCCCUUUGAGCAGGAGUCCAAGAUCAUGUUCGUGGUCAACGCCGUGUACGCCAUGGCCCACGCGCUGCACAACAUGCACCGCGCCCUCUGCCCCAACACCACCCGCCUCUGCGACGCCAUGCGGCCCGUCAGCGGGCGGCGCCUCUACAAGGACUUCGUGCUCAACGUCAAGUUCGAUGCCCCCUUCCGCCCCGCCGACACCCACAGCGAGGUCCGCUUCGACCGUUUCGGCGACGGCAUCGGCCGCUACAACAUCUUCACCUACCUGCGGGCGGGCAGCGGGCGCUACCGCUACCAGAAGGUGGGCUACUGGGCGGAAGGCCUGACGCUGGACGCCAGCCUCAUCCCCUGGGCCGCGCCCUCGGCCGGCGCCCUGCCCGCCUCCCGCUGCAGCGAGCCCUGCCUGCGGAACGAGGUGAAGAGCGUGCAGCCCGGCGAGGUGUGCUGCUGGCUCUGCAUCCCCUGCCAGCCCUACGAGUACCGGCGGGACGAGUUCACCUGCGCCGACUGCGGCCUGGGCUACUGGCCCAACGCCAGCCUCACCGGCUGCUUCGAGCUGCCCCAGGAGUACAUCCGCUGGGGCGACGCCUGGGCCGUAGGGCCCGUCACCAUCGCCUGCCUGGGCGCCCUGGCCACCCUCUUCGUGCUGGGCGUCUUCGUGCGGCACAACGCCACGCCCGUGGUCAAGGCCUCGGGCCGGGAGCUGUGCUACAUCCUGCUGGGCGGCGUGUUCCUGUGCUACUGCAUGACCUUCGUCUUCGUGGCCAAGCCCUCCACCGCCGUGUGCACCCUGCGGCGCCUGGGCCUGGGCACCGCCUUCGCCGUCUGCUACUCCGCCCUGCUCACCAAGACCAACCGCAUCGCGCGCAUCUUCGGCGGCGCCCGCGACGGCGCCCAGCGGCCGCGCUUCAUCAGCCCCGCCUCGCAGGUGGCCAUCUGCCUGGCGCUCAUCUCGGGGCAGCUGCUCAUCGUGACGGCCUGGCUGGUGGUGGAGGCGCCGGGCACGGGCAAGGAGACGGCGCCCGAGCGGCGGGAGGUGGUGACGCUGCGCUGCAACCACCGCGACGCCAGCAUGCUGGGCUCGCUGGCCUACAACGUGCUGCUCAUCGCGCUCUGCACGCUGUACGCCUUCAAGACCCGCAAGUGCCCUGAGAACUUCAACGAGGCCAAGUUCAUCGGCUUCACCAUGUACACCACCUGCAUCAUCUGGCUGGCCUUCCUGCCCAUCUUCUAUGUCACCUCCAGCGACUACCGGGUGCAGACCACCACCAUGUGCGUGUCCGUCAGCCUCAGCGGCUCCGUGGUGCUCGGCUGCCUCUUCGCGCCCAAGCUGCACAUCAUCCUCUUCCAGCCGCAGAAGAACGUGGUCAGCCACCGCGCGCCCACCAGCCGCUUCGGCAGCACCGCGGCCAGGGCCGGCCCCAGCCUCGGCCAAGGUCAGCCUCCGCCCCGACCUCCCCCUCCGCCUGUGCCCUCCCCACCCGCUCCUCAGCAUGGGCCCUGCUCCCUGGGCUGCUGCUUCUCCUCCGACUCCUCCGCUGGGCACAGGCGAGGGCGGGAGGCGGGGGGGGGGGGGCCCCGCCCUGGAUGGAGGACUGGGGGGUCAGCCCCCAUCUCCAGCUCCCUCUCCCUAGGGUCUGCCUCGCAGUUCGUCCCCACCGUCUGCAACGGUCGCGAGGUGGUGGACUCCACAACAUCGUCGCUUUGAGGACCCCGCACCCCGCCUCGCCCGGCACAGCUGCUCCCCGGACGGACGGUGCGGACGCGACCAGUGACCGGAGCCGGGAGGAAGUUGGCGGGAGCACUGCAAUAAGCCAGCCCCACGCCCGCCCCAGCCCUCGCCCGCCUACUCCAUGCACUCAGCCACUCCUGCAGCCGUCACCCACUGCCCUGGCCACGGCCCCCCCCGCCAGGCCCAGGAGGCGAGGGAGCAGCCAGGGGCCACGUGACCGGGGGCCACGGCGGCUGAGGACUGCAGGCCCCAUCCCCGUCAGCAAAGGUGCUUCCGGCCCUGCUCCGACUCCUUCUGCCCUUCACGUCUUUUCUAUGAGUUCUUCCGGGGUGGGCGGGGUCGUGCUGGGCUGUCCCUCCCCCGCACAGUAGCUUGCCCCGUGGUUUAUUUUGUAUUACCUGUAAAUAAAGUGUCUUUAUUUUAAAACAUCA